AUGAUGGGAUCAACUAAUCAGUUGGUGAGUGACAAUUACCACAAGCAAUCGAUGGCCGCAUUGCGACAAUUCUCCACGCGAUCCAAACACAUGGGACAGACGGUGCGGAUCAGUUCGGCGAUCUCUUUGUCGGUGUAUUGGUUAAUGCUUAUGUGGGAAGUGAGUGGGGAGAACAUUGUGGACGUGAAAGAGCGCACUGCGGGCACCGGUACUAAUCAACACCGGGUUCAACACGCGUUCAAAGUGGUACUAUUGGGAGCGCCGGCGGUCGGAAAGACUAGUCUGAUUGGUCGGUACGUGAGGGGCGAGUUCAAGGAGAGGCGCGCGGCCACCCAUUUCGCCGACUGUAUCGCACGGACAACGUUUUUGGACGACUCGGCGAUUAAACUAGAGGUGUGGGACACUCCCGGUGCCGAUCGGUACCGAUCGCACGCCUUCCUAUACUAUACCCGAUGUCACGCGUCUAUCGUUGUCUACGAUAUGACAGCGCCGGACACUUAUCGCUGGGCUCAGGCCAUGUGCCGGGAGAUCGUGGUUAAAAGCACGCAUAACCCUAUUAUAGCUUUGGUGGGAAAUAAGACCGAUUUGGUCAGUGGCCGGGCGGUAGUGAGCCGGGAGGUGGAGGCUUAUGCCAGGAAUAAUAGCCUGAUAUUUAUGGAGGUUAGCGCUAAAGCCGGCCGUAAUUUAAACUCCGUGUUGACGGCUAUGGCAAAGUUGUUACCUGAAUGCGAUUAA